CAUCAGAAAAGCGGUCCACCGCGGGCAUCGCGUUCGUCUUCAGGGGAACAUUUAUACAUUCGACCCAGCAAACCCCAGUGCAGAUCUUGGAAGAUGCGCUUCUGGGAGCGGAUACGGACGGGAAGAUUGCAUUCGUUGGGAAAGGCCUGGAGCUGGAUGAGCUGUCUCAAACAUUUGGAUUCAACUCAUAUGACGUCACCCAAAUAGCACCGCAUGAAUUCUUCAUGCCGGGGAUGGUGGACACCCAUAUCCAUGCAUGUCAAUACAGCUUUGCGGGCACAGCCCUGGACCUGCCCUUGUUCCAGUGGCUCAACGCCUAUAAAUUCCCUGCGGAGUCUCGCUUUGAGGACUUGGAAUUUGCCUGCAGUGUCUACACACAAGUAGUGAAACGAACUCUGAAAAAUGGAACAACCUCUGCCUGUUACUUUGCCACCACACACACAGACGCCUCUCUCCUGCUGGGCCAGAUUGCAAACAGCUUUGGACAGCGUGCACUUGUAGGUAAGGUAUCUGUGGACAAUGCUGCGAAGGAUUACACAGAGACCUACCAGGAGUCAAAGGAGGAAACCUGCAGGUUCGUUGAAGAGCUCUUGAAAAAGACGUAUCCCCUAGUGAGGCCAGUGGUGACUCCAGGAUCUGCUAUGUCCUGCUCAGGGGCACUGUUGGAGCAUCUGGGAGAAAUCGCCAGGAGCAAAAACCUGCACAUUCAGAGCCACAUCAGUGAAGUCAAAGAACAGGUGAAGAUUAUCAAGAAGCUGUUUCCUGAGUCCGAGUCCUUCACAGAUGUCUAUCACAAGCACUGUCUGCUCACUGACAAGACCGUGCUGGCUCAUGGUUGCUACCUCAGUGAUGAAGAGCUGGCGCUAUUUAGACAGACAGGAGCCUCCUUGUCUCACUGUCCCAACUCUAAUAUCUCGUUGCGCAGUGGAAUGUUGGACGUGCGUAAGGUUCUGAACCAUAAAGUUAAGCUGGGGCUGGGAACAGACGUGGCAGGUGGCUACUCUGCUUCUAUGCUGGAUGCUGUGAGGAGAACCCUGGACACAUCCAAAGUCUUGUCCAUCCAGAACCCAGACUACCACACGCUCACCUUUGAGGAGGUGUUCAGGUUGGCAACACUGGGAGGCAGCCAAGCCUUGUCGAUGGAUGACCGGACAGGGAACUUUGAAGUGGGAAAAGACUUCGAUGCCCUGAGAGUGAAUGUCGCUGUUCCUGGUGGACCCAUCGACCUCUUUCAAAGUGAUGGACCCAAGAUACGUUUGGAGAAGUUCUUGAAUUUGGGCGAUGACCGUAACAUAGUUGAAGUGUAUGUGGCCGGGAAGAAGGUGGUGCCGUUCACAGAGCCGACAGACAUCACAGAGUAAACCUUGUGGUCUUGAUUAUCUUCUUUAUAUUCAACAUACUGAGAUCCUGGUCCAAAUAAUGGAUGCUAGCAUCAAACUAAUUCAUAUACGAAGAUUGAUUGCUGAUGAAAUAUUUUAUAUGUAUGGUUAUAUUCACUUGGCAGUGCAUCAUAUGAAAUUGCUUUUCUGGAGGUGCACUGCUAGUUCUGUUUUACAUAGAAAGCCAAAUAAAAAAAUUGUUGGAAAUGAGUCAUGGUAAACAUAAACUAUUAACUAUAAAAUGGGAGUUAAUUUUCAAGAAACACAUUAUUGAAUCAGUUUAUGUACAUUCCCUCUUAUGCAAUUACAGUAAUCUAAGUUUAGGCCUUUUUUUUACACAUAAGACAACAAAUCUUCAUAUAAUGUAGCUACUUUAUUGAAAUUAAAUGCAUUUACUAUUGAUAAAUAAAUACAGCAAAGUUUUAACCGACGAGAUUUUCUCAAAUGUGCCUAAAAUUAAUGUGAAAUGAUAAGAUAAUAAAAUA